AAAAAAAUCUGUAAAAGAUAUUUUGUGUCUGUGGUGGUAAAUAAACCCUUAUCUUGAAGCUAUAUAUUAAUUACUCUUCAUUCAUCCAUUUCAAAAGAGUUUUAUCAUCAGAUCGGUUCCCAUGGCUGCAGCUGCUAACACCGCCGUUUUUGUAUCUCCUUCGCAGCCUUUAUCCUCUAAACGCAAUUUUUUGUACAGUUCAACGGUUAGUCCAAUACAGAGGAGAUUUCCAAGGAGGAAACUUGAGCUGCAAGUAAAAGCUGUUGCCACCACUCUUGCACCCCUCGAAGAGAUCAAAGAAUAUAAGCUUCCUUCAUGGGCAAUGUUCGAGAUGGGGACAGCUCCAGUGUUCUGGAAAACCAUGAACGGGCUUCCUCCAACCGCGGGUGAGAAGUUGAAACUUUUCUACAAUCCAGCUGCAACCAAACUCACUCCUAACGAGGACUAUGGGGUUGCUUUCAACGGAGGAUUUAACCAACCAAUCAUGUGUGGUGGAGAACCAAGAGCAAUGCUUAAGAAAGAUCGAGGCAAAGCCGAUUCUCCCAUUUACACUAUGCAGAUUUGCAUUCCUAAGCAUGCUGUGAAUUUGAUAUUCUCGUUCACCAAUGGUGUCGAUUGGGAUGGUCCAUACAGACUUCAGUUCCAAGUCCCCAAGCGAUGGCAAAACAAACCUAUCGAGUUCUUCAAUGAGGGUCUAGCUAAAGAGUUGAGCCAAGAUGGAGCCUGUGAGAGAGCAAUAUUUCCUGACUCGAACAUAGUUGCAACACGGUGCACUAUGAUUGCCAACUUGACGGUCGAAGGAGGAGAUAGAUGCAAUCUGGACCUUGUUCCUGGGUGCAUGGAUACAAACUCAGAACAUUUCAACCCGUUGGCUAAUGUUGAUGAUGGCUCUUGCCCUCUUGAGUUAUCUGAUUCUGAUGAAUAGAACUCAUCUUUAUUCAUGUAAAUAUAUACACACAGAUAUGUUGGUUUUGGUAUUUAAUAGUAAAAAAACAAGGUAAAUUUUUCUUCGGAGAAAGAAUGUGAAAAGUUCUGGUGGCCACGCGCCGUAUUUAUCUGGGUUAGUAGUGGAUUUAAA